AAGCACUAUGAGAUCGAAGGCACUCUAAAUGAAAUGCCGAUUUCCGCUUUCCCGGAUACUGGAGCGCAGAAGAACGUCAUAUCACUCAGUUACUGCAGGAGACUUGGUCUUUCCAUUGACAAAGGAUCCGAUUUAAAGUUCCAACUUCCAUCUGGAGGAAUUGUCGAGUGUAUUGGUAGUAUAAGAUCGCGGUGGAAAUUCGCCAACGAAUCGAAAUCUACCAGCUUGAGCUUUCAAGUGAUCGCGGACUGCACCCACGACGUCAUAUUGGGCGGCUCGUUCCUAAAGUGGUCGAAAACUCUGACGCAAUUCUGUCACCGCAUCAUCACAAGAUGGCGGCCAAUGCCACAGUGCCGAGGAGUCAAACUCUUGGGGUCCCAGAGGCAACGAGUCUCUGGAUACUUGGACGGAAAUUUCGUCGAGGCCAUUCCAGAUACUGGAUGCGAUGUGAUGCUCAUGUCCAGAGCGUACGCCGAAGAGCAUGGCUACUACGUCGAAAGUGGAGGAGACUUCCGCUGCGAACUAGAGUUCGCGGACGGCUCCCGCGCGUAUACUGAAGGUAUGGUGACUGGCCUUGACUGGUCCUAUGGCGACUCCGAAACAACGUCCUUGUGCGACUUUCACAUCUUAGAGAACCUACCCGCCGAUGUCGUUUUAAGUAACGAUUUCCUUUUCGAGGGCCAAGCUUUUUCGAAGUAUGAGGAAUUCUUCUAUGACAUU